GAAGAUUGUUUGUGGUGACUGACUGAAAGUGUUGUCAGAGAGUUCGAGAGAGGAGAGACGAAAGGACGAGCUGCCCGAGUCCACUCACCUGUAGAGCUACAGGGGGGACACCUUCACAGUGGUUUUGCGUUCUGAGUUUUUCUUCCAAACUCGAAGUGCUGAGGUGGAGAUAUUUUAGUCAUGACUGAGGCAAUAAUCCCCAACGGCUGCCCGAGCGGCGAGGUCGCCGAGAACGGCUACUUUAAAAAGGGCUGUAACCCACUGGCACAGACGGGGCGCAGUAAGCUCCAGAAUCAGAGAGCGAGCCUCAACCAGCAGAUCAUCAAGCAGAUGAGAAUGAGAGCAGGGGCUGAGAACCUUCUUAAGGCCACAUCCAAUAAUAAAGUGCGAGACAUGGUUCUAUUGGAGUUGAGUUACGUGAACGCCAACCUGCAGCGUCUUAUGGAACAGCUGGAGGGUCUGAACAGUUCAGUGGAAGUUUACCAGAAUGUACAAGGUUCGGUCAGCAUCCCGCUCAUCCCUCUGGGCCUGAAGGAGACCAAAGAUGUAGACUUCACUGUUCCUUUCAAGGAUUUUAUUCUUGAACAUUACAGUGAGGAUGGUGCUAGCUAUCAGGAUGAAAUUGAUGAUCUGAUGGACCUCAGAAAGGCAUGCCGCACUCCAAGCCGCAAUGAUGCAGGGGUCGAACUACUCUCAAACUACUUCAGCCAGCUGUCCCUUCUGGAGAGCCGCUUCUUCUCCCCCAACCGCCAAAUGGGCAUUUUCUUCACAUGGUAUGACUCUUUCACUGGCGUGCCGGUGUGCCAACAGAACAUGUCUUUGGAGAAAGCCAGCGUCCUCUUCAACAUUGGUGCCCUCUACACCCAGAUCGGUACCCGCAGCGACAGACAGACGCGCGCCGGCCUUGAGGAGGCCAUUACUGCCUUCCAGAGAGCAUCUGGAGUUCUGCAUCACCUGAAAGAGACUUUUACACACACUCCUAGCUAUGACAUGAGCCCAGCCAUGUUGAGUAUGCUGAUAAAGAUGAUGCUAGCACAGGCUCAGGAGUGCCUGUUUGAAAAACUUGCUCUGCCAGGGAUCCGUAAUGAGUUCUUCAGCUUGAUUAGAAUGGCACAGGAAGCUGCUAAGGUGGGAGAAGUGUAUGACCAGGUCCAUCAGUCAAUGAUCCAGAUGCCCAUUAAGGACAACGUACCCUUUUUCUGGUCCACAAUGGCGCAAGUGAAGACCCAGCACUAUCGUUCCCUCGCUCAUUACUUCAUCUCCACUGCUCUAUUGGACCACCAGAUAAACCCCAGUGAUGAUGAGGAUAAGCAAGAGAAAGCUCUCUCUCAGCUGUAUGACGCAAUGCCAGAUGGACACUCACCUCUUGACAUCCUGCGGCAGAAAGACGAGAGGCGCCGCAUAGGUAAGGCUCACCUGAAGCGUGCAAUAAUUGGCCAGGAGGAAGCGCUGCGCAUCCAAGGGCUCUGCCGUCACCUCCGAAAGCUGGACAUGCUCAACGACAUCCUGCAGGCCAGCCACAAGCGGUCUCUCAGCAAGUUCGAACAGUAUGACAAGGAAGACGAGUUCACUGACUACAUGGACGCACCAGACAUCAUCUCUAAAACUGAGCUGAAAGCUGAAAUGGAAGUUCCUGCCUCCAUUAAGGUGAAAGUCAAAGACAUAUUCCACCGACUGGGCCCACUGUCUGUGUUCUCGGCAAAGCAGAGGUGGACAGCACCGCGCACAGUCAGACUGAAGGUUGAGGAUAGAGACCUGGGCUUCACUCUGAAGGGGGACGCUCCUGUCCAGAUCCAGUCGCUGGACCCCCUCUGUUAUGCAGCUGCGGAUGGAUUGAAAGAGGGCGAUUACCUGGUUGCUGUGGGUGAUACAGAUUGUAAAUGGAUGGGGGUGAGCGACGUCAUGAAACUGCUGAAAGAUGUGGAUGAGGAAGGCAUCGACAUUAAAGUGGUCAGCGUGAUGGACAGUAGCAGCCAGCCAAUGCCGGCAAAAAGUGCCACGUAUUCCGGCGGCCUGCCCAAGACUUACUCCAUGAUCUGUCUGGCUUUCGACGAUGACGACAAGAAUCCGAAGGGGCGCAAAGUGACCAAGAAGACGUCCUUCCUCAGCUGGGGGGUGAAGAACAAGCACAAGAGUGCCAGCACCCUCAGCCUGCCCACUGCGGACUACAGUGGAGCACUGCCUAUACACAAACCCUGCCCCACCUUCCCCAGCUCCUACAAUGACAGUGCCCUGUACUAAACACAACACGCAGGCAUGCACAUUCAGACUGAACAAAUGUUACAUCCACAAACACUGAUCAGCCUAUUCUGUUCCACAGUGAGGAGAAAGUGGAUUGCUCAAAAGGAAAUCAAAAGGACCUUCUUGCACAGAAUCUUUAGUUUGAAGGAAUGUCAAUAGCUUUUUCGUGUAUGGCGUUUAUACCAGCUGAAGAAAGUUUUAUAGGCCGGAGGAUGAUUUGCAUUAUUCAUUUUUAGACUACAGUUAACCCAAGUGUUAAAAAAUAGGAUUUACUUAUAUGGGAUGUUAGGAAAUUCAGUAGAAUAUAUGCUACAUAUCUGUUCAACUGUGCCAUUUAUGGGAGGAAAUCUGAUGAUGCAUAUACUUUAUUCAGUAACUAAAAGGACUCUGGUUUUAUCAAUCAAAUGACAACUGCUGCUGCUGUACAAUUUUUCCCAUGUUUUGCUGUAUUUUUGUACUGAAACGUCAACGAUGAUUGUGAGGUGAAGUUGUUUUCUUUGGUUAAGCGUGAUGUUUGCUUAGGUUAGUUCUUUUUCAGCUGUUGCGUAAAACUCCUUCUGGGAUAUUGCCAGAGUUUCUUUUAGUGGCCGUCUUACACUCCUGUCCUUCGCCUGCACUCUGUAGUUGUUAGCAUAGAAAUAGAUUUGUCCUACUGUCGUCAGCCGUCUGUGGCAUUUGCGCGCAGGGCACUGCUGCCAAAUGGAACCUUUUCACUCUAGUUCUGUUCCUCUUGGGAUUAGAGGACAGGUCACUAAAGUCCAGUAAAGUUCCCUUUUCCCUGCAGGAAUUUAUCUCACUUUUGCAAUCUUGUAAUGAGCUUCUGUUCAGGGGUAGUUCAGGAGCUUGGUGGGAUUUCUGUAAGGAUGUUCUUAAACUUUGUGUCGUGUGGAUGAUUUGUGAGAUGUGGCAACUGUAGUGUGAAAGGUUGUGAGUGUAAGAAUUUGUUGAAUGUGGAAUUUAUGUGGUGUUUUUUUUAUGUGAUGUUAUCUUUAUGAAUCUUAGUGAACUGUUGAAUGCACAUGGAAGGGAAUAGACUCUGGUGGUGCUUGGGUUAAAUAUAUUACCAAACUCAAGCUUGAAGGAUUUAAACAAACAAAAAAAAA